UAAAUCAGAGAAAUGGAAUUUAGAAAUCAAACUUUGGUGACUGAGUUUUUAUUUGUGGGCUUAACAAAUUGCUUCCAGCACCAGGUUGUUCUGUUUGUGAUGUUUCUCUUGGUUUAUCUGGUCACUCUUCUGGGAAAUGUGGGGAUGAUCACCCUCAUUUGGAUGGAUUCCUGGCUCCACACUCCCAUGUACUUUUUUCUCAGCCACUUGUCCUUUGUGGAUGUCUGCUCCUCUUCUGUCAUUGGUCCCAAGAUGUUGACAGACAUCUUUGUGAAAAAAGUAAUCUCUUUCUUGGGUUGUGCUGCCCAGUUAUGGUUUUUUGGUCAGUUUGUAGUGACAGAGUGUUUCCUGUUGGCCUCCAUGGCUUAUGACAGGUAUAUGGCCAUCUGUAAGCCCUUGUUGUAUACACUCAUUAUGUCCCGGAGAAUCUGUGUGCAGCUGGUGGUAGGGCCUUAUACCAUGGGUCUUAUGAGCGCCAUAACGCAUACGACGUUUGCCUUUCGCCUGCCUUACUGUGGUCCAAAUACCAUCAAUCACUUCUUCUGUGACCUUCUUCCUGUUCUCUCCCUGGCAUGUGCAGACACCCAGGUCAAUCAGGUUUUACUUUUCAUCUUGGCUGGAGCUCUAGGAGUGCUCAGUGGUGUGAUCAUCCUGGUUUCCUACAUUUACAUCGUGGUCACUAUCUUGAGGAUCCGCUCUGCUGAGGGGAGGCGCAAAGCCUUCUCCACCUGCUCUUCACACCUGACUGCUGUCUCCAUCCUGUAUGGGACACUCUUCUUUAUCUACGUACGCCCCAGUUCUAGUUUCUCCCUGGACAUCAAUAAAGUGGUUUCUGUGUUCUACACAGCCGUGAUCCCCAUGUUGAACCCCCUUAUCUACAGCCUGAGAAACAGAGAGGUCAAGGAUUCAUUCAGGAGGAUGUUUGAGAAGAAGAAUCUUCUUCUGAGUAGGUAAACUAGAUACCAUUUGUACUACAGAUUGAGAGGUGAUAUAGACACAAGAUGCAGGGCAUGGGCUGGGUGAUGGGAGUCCUACUUUUGUGUUGAGAUUCAAUUUUUAUUACUGUGUGUCAUUGAGAAGUGAUAUAUCUUCAGAUUACAAUUUUCUCACUUGUCAUUGAACAGAAAUGAGUUUUAAAAUGUUAAACUGAAGUACAUGGAUUAUUGAACCCCAAUGCUUUAAGAAUACGUUCCGUGUUGGGGCGCCUGGGUGGCUCGGUCAGUUCAGCCUCCAACUCUUGGUUUUGGCUCAGGUCAUGAUCUCAUGGUUUGUGUUCAAGCCCUACAUCAGGCUCUGCACUGGUAGUGCUGAGCCUUUUCGGGAUUCUUUCUCUCUCCCUCUCUUUCUGUCCUUCCCAUGCCUUCUUUCUCUUUCAUCUGUCAUAAUAAAAUAAAAAAUGUUCUCAGUGCUUGUGACUAGGGUAUGAGAGGCUCUUUGCUAAGUCCUGUUAAAUUAUUAUUAUGUUAGAAUCAUAAUCAGUGACUUGAUGCUACUUCUGUUUAUCUCACAAGGUGUUGAGAUCCCCCAAUUUUCUGGAAGCUUAGCCUUGACUCUUUAAACAAAAGCCAAUAACAAGUAUAUUAUGGUUAAAGAUAGAAACUUCUACUUGCAAUGUAAAUAUGUCAUGGGAAUGUAAUAUAAACAUGGUGACUAUAGUUAAAAAUACUGUACAUUUGUUAGUUGUUAAAAGAGCAGAUCUUAAAAGUUCUCUUCACAAGAAAAAAAUUAAUAACUACAUAAGGUUAUUUAUGUUAACUAAACUUAUUGUGGUUAUCAUUUUGCAAUAUAUAUGUAUAUCAAACAAUUAUGUUGUACACCUGGGACUAAUACAAUGUGAUAUGUCAACUAUGUAUCAACAAAAUGAGAAAAAGUUAAUUAUUCAGGAAGUAUGUAGCCAUAGCACUCUCUAAUACCACCUUCACGUUUGGAGUAGACAAUUUGCAAAGGGCCUUUUACAUCCCUGAUCCUCUCUACUCAUAUAAUACCUUGCUGAGAUUUUGUCACUGUAUUUACACUUAUGCAUGUAAAAUUCAGAAUGCAUUGCAAGUCUUUAAUAAAGUGUUGGCUAUGCUCUAGUGAUUUAUUGAUUUUUGUGUCCUAAGAAGGAGGUGAAUUCUAUUUUUACAGAUGUUCAGCCUGGCACACAUGAAGAAUCAAUGUCAUGACCUCAUAACUUGGGUCACACUCUUAUUUUUUCCAGGUACAAUACUCUUUCAACCAUACUUCUGUGUUUUGUUUUCUGGAAUGUAGCAACAAAUCCAAGAAAUUAGCAGAUAAACCAUGUUUUGUGUAACCUAUGACUCAUUGAAAUCCACACUCUGUCCUCUCUUGAAGGCCUUUUUAAAAAAAGCAUUUAAUAUGGCUCAAAUUAACAACUCAAAACAACAGAUGUUGGCAAUGAUGCAGAGAAAGGGGAACACUUCUGCACUGUUGGUAGGAAUGCAAAGGGGUGUAGCCACUCUGGUAAAGAGUAUGGAGGUUCCUCAAAAAAUUAAGAUAGAACUACCAUAUGACCCAGCAAUUGUACUACUAGGAAUUUAUCCAAAGGGUACAGGUGUGCUUUUUGAAGGGACACAUGUACCCCAAUGUUUAUAGCAGCAUUAUUGACAAUAGCCAAAGUAUGGAAGGAGCCCAAAUAUCCAUCGACUGAUAAAUGUAUAAAGAAGAUGUGGUAAAGAAGAUAUUGCAACAACAUGAAUGGAACUAGAGUGUAUUAUGCUAAGCAAAUAAGUCAGUCAGAGAAAGACAAAUAUCAUACGAUUUUACUCAUAUGUGCAAUUUAAGAAACAAAACAGAUGAACUAAGGGAAAGGGAUGAAAAAAUAAAAAGAGAGACAGA